AUUCACCUCCCAGAAGUUAGCUGAUUGAUCCAAUGCAGUAAAUAAGCAAAGCGGAAAGAAACAAAAUGUUGUGCAAUAGUAGUAGCAGGUGCUAUCUUCUGAAUCCCAUUAACAAAACCACCUCGUUUAGUAGCCAACGCCGUAGCAGAAUCGGAAUCGGAAUCAGAAGCAUUGCGUCUCAGUCUCACAAGAAGAUUGUGAUGGAGAAAAACGACGAGGCUUUCAAAUUCCUGACCAAAAACCCAUACAUCCCCCCUCCUUGGGCCUCCCAUCUGAGCCCUAUCCCCUCUCACACCUUCUCUCUUGGCCACCUUCCUACUCCCAUUCACAAAUGGAACCUCCCCAUUUUGCCCAAUAACACUGAGGUCUGGUUGAAGCGUGAUGACCUUUCGGGCAUGCAAUUGAGUGGUAACAAAGUGAGGAAAUUAGAGUUUUUGUUGGCAGAUGCGGUGGCACAAGGUGCUGACUGUAUUAUUACCAUUGGAGGUAUUCAAAGCAAUCACUGUCGUGCUACUGCUGUUGCUGCCAAGUAUCUCAAUCUUGACUGUUAUCUAAUUCUUCGCACCUCAAAGGUCCUUGUGGACCAAGAUCCUGGAUUGACAGGCAAUCUACUUGUUGAGCGUUUAGUUGGAGCUCAUAUUGAACUUAUCUCGAAAGAAGAAUAUGGAAAAAUCGGUAGUGUGACACUUACCAAUAUUUUAAAAGAAAAGUUGAUGAAGGAAGGGAGAAGGCCGUAUGUUAUUCCUGUUGGUGGAUCAAACUCGUUAGGAACCUGGGGCUAUAUUGAAGCAAUUACAGAGUUAGAGCAGCAGCUUCAGACAGGGACUGGAAAAUUAAAAUUUGAUGAUAUCGUUGUAGCAUGUGGCAGUGGAGGCACAAUUGCUGGUCUGUCGUUGGGGUCAUGGCUGGGAACAUUGAAGGCAAAGGUUCAUGCGUUUGCUGUUUGUGACGACCCCGAUUACUUCUACGACUUUACUCAAGGUCUACUCGAUGGGCUCAAUGCAGGUGUUAACUCCCGUGAUAUUGUUAAUGUUCUAAAUGCUAAAGGUCUGGGCUAUGCAAUCAACACUUCUGAGGAGCUUAAUUUUGUCAAGGAAAUUGCUGCAGCCACCGGUGUUGUUCUUGAUCCCGUUUACAGUGGGAAAGCUGCUUAUGGAAUGUUGAAAGACAUGGCUGAGAAUCCAAAGAAGUGGGAAGGGAGAAAGAUCCUUUUUAUACACACAGGAGGGCUUCUGGGUUUGUUUGAUAAAGUUGAUCAAAUGGCUCCUCUGGUCAAGAAUUGGAAUCGGAUGGAUGUACAUGAGUCUGUUCCUCGACAAGACGGUGUCGGAAAAAUGUUCUAGGGCAAAACAGAAGCGUACUUUUUCCAUUGAAAUUGUAUUGGAAACAUUCUCAAUCCCUUACGCUUGAAAUGUAAAAAAAUAAAAAAACUUACCCAAACUUUGUGUUUGAUAUUAAUAAUUCAGGCUGUAUCUAACAACUAAAUUAUUUUUGGGCGAA